ACCCGGCGAGGUCUCGAUCCGGCCGACGCGACUCCGAUCUCGGCGGGGGUUGCGUUGGUGAUCCGUCGGAACUCGCGAGCCAUGGCCGUCGCCGUCGCCGCCCCCGAUCCCGCCGUCACUACCUCCACCUGCGCGCACUGUAACCGAGAAAUUCCGUCCUCCAACAUCGCCCUGCAUUCUGCACACUGUGCCCGCAACCUUCAGAAGUGUGACCAGUGCGGAGAUAUGGUUCCAAGGAAGCAUAUGGAUGAACACUAUGAUGAGAACCAUGCUCCGGUGAAUUGCUCACGUUGCAAACAGACCGUGGAACAUGAGCUGUGGGAUCUUCAUAAACGCAUGCAGUGCCCGCAAAGGAUGCUCGUGUGCCAAUAUUGCGAGUUUGAACUGCCUGCAGUUGAUAUUUUUGAGCAUCAGGAUGUAUGUGGAAAUAGAACAGAAUAUUGUCAACCUUGCAAGAAAUACAUCAGACUUCGUGAAUGGAUUGGGCACGAGAUCCUGCUCCAUGGUAAAACCAAUGAUAAUGCUGAAUCUUCAAGUGACAGAUCCAUGCUGGAAAAUGAAGAUGGUGCUGAAGAGCGUGAACCUGCUCAUGGUUUCAACCACAAGCAGCUACUCCUAACAGUUGCAAUAGCUGGACUUGCAGUUGUGAUUGGAUCCAUUCUGCUGCAUAAGAAGGAUUGAAAGUGCCCAAGUACAAGUAGAGUGCUGGACCGGUUGCUUGUAAUGAUGCUUACCCAGAAAAUCAGUCUUUUGAUGUCUCUAACUGCACAAUUUUCAUAAUUAAUAGGCAGAGCUUAUUCAUUGUGUACUCUGUAGAUACAAUGCUGUAGAAUAGUAGAAAUUAUCUUAUGGGGAAAUGUAUUGCACAUUGCAAUCUCAAAAAAGA